UUAUGAAGUAGCAACAUAAAUGUAUCCUGCGCGUCACUAUCUUAUCAUGUUAGUACUUAACAGUAGUGCACUUGACUCAAACGGCCUCACUUUCUUCAGGCAUGUCAGCUUUACAGUUCAUCAUAGUCUUCGGGCUACUUGGGGUUAGUUUUGGACUUUCAGGAAGAUUUUGGCACAUCACUGACCUGCACUGGGACCCAACUUACGAUCUGAACAACAAGCCUAACAAAGUUUGUGCCUCGAGCGGUAAUCGACCAGUAGGCAAUGCAGGGACAUUUGGAGACUAUGUUUGUGACUCGCCAUGGGACCUCAUCAGCUCUAGUUUAUCAGCUAUGAAAGCUAUAUCACCAGCUCCAGACUUUAUUGUAUGGACCGGAGAUGACACACCGCAUGUUCCUAAUGAACAACUAGGUGAAGAGGCAGUUCUUGGCAUUAUCAACAAUCUCACCUACAUCAUAAAGCAACUUUUCCCAAAUACCAAGGUUUACUCAGCCUUGGGCAACCAUGACUUUCACCCCAAAAAUCAACUUCCUGCUGCUUCCCACAAUAUCUAUAAUAUUACCUCUGAGUUGUGGAAGGACUGGUUGCAUCUGGAGUCCCAAGAAACCUUUAGACAGGGCGGAUUCUAUACAGAAGAGCUUCUCAAUCGCACAGGCUACAGGAUGAUUGUGCUUAAUACUAAUCUCUAUUAUGAUCAGAACAAGGAGACAAAGGGCGUGGAAGACCCUGCUGGUCAGUUUGCUUGGGCAGAUCACAUUUUAACAGAAGCAGCCAACAAGAAAGAGAAGGUAUAUAUUAUUGGCCAUGUCCCACCAGGCUUUUUUGAAAAGAAAAGAAGUAAGCCAUGGUUCACUGCCAAGUUCAACCAACAAUAUCUGAAACUGAUUCAAAAACAUCACGCUGUCAUUCUUGGACAGUUCUUUGGACAUCAUCACACUGACAGUUUCAGAAUGAUAUACAACUCAGAUGGUUCCCCUGUAAGCACAAUAUUCCUCACUCCAGGUGUUACACCAUGGAAAACAACACUGCCAGGAGUGGCUGAUGGCGCAAACAACCCAGGGAUACGCCUCUUUGAAUAUGACACUGAAACCCUGCUGGUCAAAGAUAUGGUGACCUAUUAUUUGAAUCUGACUUUUGCCAAUAAAGCCCAAGAACGCUGGGAGAAGGAGUACCGCCUUACAGAAAGUUUUCGGGUAUCAGAUGCUUCCCCACAUUCAAUGCAUAAGGUCCUGGAACGCAUAGCAAAUGACAACUGCUAUCUUCAGAAGUAUUAUGAGUAUAACUCAGUGAGCUAUGACCUAACUGAGUGCAACGAAGACUGUCGAAUUGACCAUGUUUGUGCAGCCAGAGAGGUGGACUUCAGUCGGUAUGAACACUGUCUAGAAAAGGAAACAGCAGUAUUCAUGUGUGGGGGACUUCUACCCUUUCUAUCAGCACUCAUAAGCCUGGUAUUGACUAUACACGUUUAAUUAUGUAUUUGCUUAGUCAAUGCAUAUGAGUUAUGCUUGAAGUGGGAAACGCUUUUAUGUUAAAAAGAUUGCCACUGUCUGUUAUAAUUAACAUUUAUUGCUAUGCUUUUAUCUAAGUUGUAUAACAAUUACUGUGAUAAAUUG